ACAUUUUUCUAAAAAAAAAUGGGAUGUUUUGCCAUUUUAGAGAAUGUUUUGGGCAAUUAUCCCUCCAGAAAAUGUAGAACCUAUCGUCUUUUUCUUCGCGCGCUUCGUGAGUAACCAACGGAAAAAUGUGCAUCGCUCUGCAAUCUUCUCUUCUUCUUCCAAAAACUCAGAUUCUCUUCUUCAAUCCCAAAUCAAUUUCUCUUCAUUUCUCCAGAUUCGAAACCAAGAUCCCAAAUCUUCCUGUCCGAAUAAAACCAUUAGCAUUCGAAUCCGUCAAUUUAAUCAAUUCCUCUGACCCCAUAAUCGAACAUUCUCAAUCCCGAUCGCAUCGGCCUCUUCUUCGCAGUUUUCAAACGUUCAAAUCCCUAAUUCCCUAUAUUCUCUCCCAGCGUAAGCAUAUCCUUGCUGGUUGGCUCUGUAGUAUUGUCUCCGUUUCCUCUUUAUCCCUACUCGUGCCUAAGAUCGGGAAAUUUUCUUCGAUUAUCGACAAGAUCGAUGUAAUCAAGUUGUGGGGUCAGGGUUUGGUUUUGGGGAUUUUGGUGUUCGCUCGUUUCGUUGCGAGUUACUGCCAAGAAGCCUUCAUUUGGGAUGCGGCGUUGAAUGCCAUUUACGAAAUCCGUGUUCGUGUUUUCGAGAGAGUUCUGGCGAUGGACUUGGAUUUCUUCGAAGGUGGGUCUGGUAUUUCUUCUGGCGAUAUUGCUUACAGGAUCACCGCGGAGGCCUCUGAUGUGGCGGAUACUGUGUAUUCUCUCCUGAAUACCGUAGUGCCCAGUAUGUUGCAGUUGUCAGCAAUGGCGACCCAAAUGUUAGCUAUUAGCCCUGUCCUUUCCUUGAUUGCAGCUAUGGUUAUUCCAUGUGUAGCUCUUGUCAUUGCCUAUCUUGGUGAGAGACAACGCCAAAUAUCUAAAAUGGCAAGUCUGAGCAUUGCUAAUCUUUCAUCCUAUCUAAAUGAGGUCCUCCCAGCAUUUCUAUUUGUGAAAGCUAACAGCGCAGAGUUUUGCGAGAAUAUCAGGUUUCAGAGGCUUGCUCACACUGACAUGUAUGAACGUCUAAAGAAGAAGAAGAUGAAGGCUUUUGUACCUCAUGUUGUACAAGCUCUAUAUUUUGUGUCAUUAUCAAUGCUUUGUGUUGGUUUUCUGGUGGUUUCAAGACAUUCAUUUAGUAGUGGUAGCAUGGUUUCAUUCGUCACGUCAUUGGGUUUUCUCAUUGAACCAGUUCAGAAAAUUGGAAAGGCAUACAAUGAGUUGAAGGAAGGUGAACCUGCCAUUGAACGCUUGUUUGAGUUGAUUGAGUUCGAACCUACGGUGACUGAGACAUGUGAUGCCGUUGAUUUAAACUGUCUGAAGGGGGACUUAAAAUUUUGUAACGUCUCAUUUGCCUAUGGGAGCAACAUGCCUCUUGUUUUGAAUGGAUUGAACCUCCAUAUCAAAGCGGGAGAAACAGUUGCUUUCAUGGGACCUUCUGGAGGAGGAAAGACAACACUUGUUAAAUUGCUUCUUCGCCUUUAUGACCCAUUAUCUGGUGAAAUACUUAUUGAUAACCACAAUAUUCGGACAGUUCGAUUUAAAAGUUUGCGGAGAAAUGUUGGUCUAGUUUCUCAAGACAUGAUCCUUUUCUCAGGAACUGUAGCUGAAAACAUAGGAUAUUAUGAUCUGACAAAGGAAAUCGACAUGGAGAGGGUCAAGGAAGUGGCACAAAUUGCAAAUGCAGAUGAGUUUAUCAGAAGGUUACCGAAAGGAUACAAUACAUAUAUUGGACCAAGGGGCUUAACAUUGAGUGGUGGACAGAAGCAAAGACUAGCCAUUGCAAGGGCACUCUAUCAAAAUUCAUCUAUUUUGGUUUUGGACGAGGCGACUUCUGCAUUGGAUAGCACGUCCGAGUUACUGGUCAGACAAGCUUUGGAGCGCCUGAUGGAAAAUCAUACUGUGCUGGUAAUUGCUCAUCGAUUGGAAACUAUACUGAUGGCCAAGCGAGUGUUCAUUUUAGAUGGUGGGAAGCUCGAGGAGCUACCUCGCUCUGCUAUUUCCCUUGGUGAUUAUAACUCAUUGGUGAAAACUGGGUUGGUGAUUUGAGCAUCAUUGUAUCAUAAAAAAUAUAUAUCAACUCUGACAUCCGCCAAUCUGUAAUAUCUAUUUGUAGCCCAAAAGUUCUUUCAUUUCAUUUUUCAUUUUUUUUACUUAAUCUAUUUUUUUUUCUCAAUUUUACUAUAUAUUUAUAUUUAUUUGUUUUUAUA